CUCGGAAAGGAAGCCAUCCAACUGAAGACGCUGAGGAGCCAUCGGAGCAGACGCGCUUGUGGCGUGUUUCCGGUGUCCUAGCGGAGGAAAAUGGCUGCGCCCCAGCCACAGGCUGCGGCGGUUUCCUCUGCUGCCGGUGUCUCAGGUCCGGGUUCUGCCGGUGGUCCCGGUUCCCAACAACAGCCGCAACCGGCCCAACUGGUGGGCUCAGCCCAGAGCGGGCUCCUGCAGCAGCAACAACAGGACUUCGAUCCUGUGCAGCGCUACAAGAUGCUCAUCCCGCAGCUGAAGGAGAGUCUCCAGACUUUGAUGAAAGUUGCAGCCCAGAACCUGAUUCAGAACACUAACAUUGACAACGGACAGAAUAGCAGUGACGGACCCAUACAGCGCUUUGACAAGUGUCUAGAGGAGUUUUAUGCACUCUGUGAUCAGCUGGAACUCUGCUUGCGCCUGGCCCACGAGUGCCUUUCACAGAGCUGUGACAGCGCCAAGCACUCUCCAACACUGGUACCCACAGCCACAAAGCCAGAUGCAGUGCAGCCAGACAGCCUGCCCUACCCGCAGUACCUGGCUGUCAUCAAAGCCCAGAUUUCCUGUGCCAAAGACAUUCACACUGCCCUGCUGGACUGUGCCAACAAGGUCACUGGCAAGACUACUGCACCAUCAACUGGCCCUGGGGGCAGCCUCUGAAGUCUUGGUGGGGAAGAAGCAGAGAAUGAAGUAUGGUUUAAGGCAAACAGGUGGUUCCUGUUACUGAUUUAUUUAUGGAGCCACAGUAAUGUGGCUGAAACCAGCAGGGGGCAGCAAAGACUUGCAGGCAGCACAGGCCUCAACCCCACCUCUGUUGCCUCCACCCACUCUGUUCCCUGACCUGGAGUGGACCUCUAAAGGGCCCAGUCAGUGCUACACCCAGGGCCAGGUGGGAGAAGGAGUCCCCAGAACAGAGGUCAUCAGCGGCCCAGUGGAGAGGUCUGUUCCAAUGUAUGGACUCCUUUUAACCUA